GGCGGUCGGGCAGCGCCUGUCCGCAGAGCCCCCGCUGGCCUCACCCCCUCGCUUCUCGCCGCCAUGAGCUCGUACGGCUACGACCCGUUCUUCCCCUCCUACAAGCGGCGGUACGCCGAGAGCCCGCGGCUCCAUGUCUCGGCGAUGCGCAGCGGCGGCGGCGGCUACAGCUCGGCGCGCUCGGCUUACUCCAGCCUCUCGGCGCCCGUCUCCUCGGUGUCGGUGCGGCGCAGCUACGCCGCCUCCAGCGCCUCGGGCUCCCUCCUGCACUCCGUGGACACCCUCGACCUGAGCCAGGUCGCGGCCAUCAGCAACGACCUCAAGUCGAUCCGCAGCCAGGAGCGGGCGCAGCUGCAGGACCUCAACGACCGCUUCGCCUGCUUCAUCGAGCGGGUGCACGAGCUGGAGCAGCAGAACAAGGUGCUGGAGGCCGAGCUGCUGGUGCUGCGGCAGAAACACGCCGAGCCCUCCCGCUUCCGCGCCCUCUACGAGCAGGAGAUCCGCGAGCUGCGGCUGGCCGCCGAGGAGGCGACGAGCGAGAAGCAGGCGCUGCAGGGCGAGCGGGAGAGCCUGGAGGAGACGCUCCGCGGGCUGCAGGCGCGCUACGAGGAGGAGGUGCUGAGCCGGGAGGACGCGGAGGCGCGGCUGCUGGAGGUGCGGAAGGGCGCGGACGAGGCGGCGCUGGCGCGGGCGGAGCUGGAGAAGCGGGUGGACAGCUUGCUGGACGAGCUGGCCUUCCUCAAGAAGGUGCACGAGGAGGAGCUGGCGGAGCUGCAGGCGCAGAUCCAGUACGCGCACCUCUCGGUGGAGAUGGACGUGUCGGCCAAGCCCGACCUCUCCGCCGCCCUGCGCGACAUCCGCGCCCAGUACGAGAAGCUGGCGGCUCGCAACAUGCAGAACGCCGAGGAGUGGUUCCGCAGCCGCUUCACCGUCCUCAGCGAGAGCGCUGCCAAGAACACGGACGCCGUCCGAGCCGCCAAGGACGAGGUGUCCGAGAGCCGCCGGCUGCUCAAGGCCAAGACGCUGGAGAUCGAGGCCACCCGCGGCAUGAACGAGGCGCUGGAGAAGCAGCUGCAGGAGCUGGAAGAGAAGCAGAGCGCCGACAUCUCCGCCCUGCAGGAUACAAUCAACAAAUUAGAGAACGAGCUGAGAACCACAAAGAGUGAAAUGGCUCGGUACCUGAAGGAAUAUCAAGAUCUGCUCAAUGUGAAAAUGGCCCUGGACAUCGAAAUUGCAGCAUAUCGGAAACUGCUGGAAGGUGAAGAGACCCGACUCAGUUUCACCAGCGUUGGAAGCAUCACCAGUGGCUACACCCAGACUGCCCCGACUUUUGGCAGGUCUGCCUAUAGCGGUCUCCAAUCCAGCUCCUACUUGAUGACAACACGUUCCUUCCCCACGUACUACUCCAGUCACGUCCAGGAGGAGCAGAUUGAAAUAGAGGAAACAAUUGAGGCUGCUAAAGUGGCAGAAGCCAAAGCAGCCCCUGCAGAAGAAGGUGAGGAGGAAGAGAAAGAGGAAGGUGAGGAGGAAGCAGGAGGUGAAGAGGCUGAAGAGGAGGAAGAAGGUGCUAAGGAAGAAUCUGAAGAAGCCAAAGAGGGUGAGGAAGAGGAAGGAGAAGGGGAAGAAACAGCAGCUGAAGAAGGGGAGGAGUCUCAGGAAACUGCUGAGGAAACUGCUGAGGAAGAGAAGGAAGAGAAAGAAGAGAAAGAAGCAGCAGGAAAGGAGGAGAGUGAAGUGAAGAAGAAGGCUUGAUUUUUUUUUUAGGCAGUCUAGCUUUCUCAUCAGGUUAAGAGAAUAAACAACGAUUGACUGAGCUAAAAUUGCAGUCUCACAUAUUUAAUUCAGUGACCACUGAGGUUUAAAGUUAAAUGAUUUAUGAUGUUUCUCUCUGUGCAGAGUAUCAGUAUGCUUGCAGAGCACCCACUGGCUUGUUCCCUGAAUGCCGCAUGGUCUACACGUAUGAAUUCAGGGGUUAUGUCUUUCUUGGGUGAUUCAGAAUCUUAAAAUUAAAAAUGGGGGAAAAAAUAAGUCACAGGAAUGAAAGUUACCUUUAACUUGCAUUUAAAAUAAUUAUGGAAACCUUGGGUGGGGAAAUAAUGGAGGCUUCAAUAAGUAUGUGCAAUAAAGCUAGUCAAUAAAGUUACAGAAAUGCUUACACAGA